AUGUCGAUGACUCAGGCAUCGUUCAUCAGCAACCGUGACUACCCCAACGGCCCUUCUGCUUAUGAAGUAGACAUGUAUUGGAUCCCAAUUGACGAGAUCGGAGUGUUUGCUUGGACGAUCGGGAAUUGGCUCAUGGACGCGCUGCUGGUUUGGCGUUGUAAGGUGAUCUUCAGUGGCGUAUCAAAAGUGCCCAUGUGUGUUGUUAUGGCAAUUGCUUGUGGAUUGAUGCUUGCAUCGAUUGGUCUCAGCAUAUUGUAUCUCUGGAUGACCUGGCGAUCCUCCUCAUUCAAUACCGUUCAAUACACUCUCCCAUACUUCGCCACCACCCUCUCCCUUAACUUUAUUGUUACGUUGAUCAUCGUAUUCCGCCUGCUUCACUGCCAUCGUAUCUUUGCGCGUACCCUUGGGGCUGGGCAUGGAUUACCCUACGCCAAGCUGGCUGCGAUAUUGGCAGAAUCCGCGAUGAUUUAUGCAGCCAUUUCAGUUAUAUUUCUGACGACUCUGGCGCUGCACCAUCCACUCUCCGACUUCGUUGCACAGUGCAUGGCACCUACUGUCGCCUCUCUGCUUAUCAUUUUCCAAGCAAAGUCAGUGCCAAAGAAAGACGACGAGCAUGUAUCACAUCUGCUUUCGCCCACCAGUGCUAGGCUACUCCGAUCGAGCGACGUCCCCGGUUCAGAAGCCCCCUCGUCUGUCACAAAGCCCAGGAUGUAG